AUGUCAGCCAAUUAUUCGAAUGGAAUGGGAGCAGCAAGUCAAUGGCAAGGUUACCAGGGUGACAGAUCACACAAUAAUACCAUGAAUGGUUCAUAUGAAGGAUCCCAAGGUGGCAAUCCCAACUAUGGUGGUAAUUACGGACAGAAUAGAUCACAGAAUUACAAUAGAGGACGUGGUGGCCGUGGCCGAGGACGUGGCGAUAAUCGUAAUCUAGGACGUGGCGGCGGCGGUGGUGGUUAUAGAUUUAACAGCCACACUUCUCGUCAAAAGCAGGCAAAGACACUGGAAAGACAAUACCGGGCAUUCUAUUCACCUUCAUUUGUGAGUGAUCCAUGGGAAGACUUGAAGAAUUCAUCUUCAUAA